AUGUCUCGCUUUAGUGAAGUGGGUUCCAUGGCGCCGCACGGCGGUCGCAAAUUGCUCAAAUUCCUCAUUCUCUUCGAGAACUCGUCGCUCCUCUUCUUCCCCGGCCAAUUCCUCAGCGGCCGAGUCCUCGUCGAGCUCGAGGAUGAAACGCCCGUCCUAGGCUUGUUCUUUCACGUCGUCGGCGAGGGAGUGGUGCGACUAUUGAAGAACGGCCGGCAGCACAUCAGUGACCGGGAGAACUACAUCGAUUUCCGCAUGCGACUCCUCGGGGAGCCAGGGCAAGGACCUGUCCUCCUCUCGCCCGGAAUCCACAGCUUCCCCUUCAAGCUAGGUCUGCCGCUCGGUCUGCCGUCCACCUUCCUCGGCAAACACGGAUGGGUCCAGUACUACUGCAAAGCCGCGUUCCGCGAGCCCGCCGGCCUUCUGCACAAGAACCAACAGGUGUUCAUCGUGAUGAAUCCCAUCGAUCUGAACCUGGAGCCGCCCAUACUAGCUCAACCUUUCCAUUGUGAAAUCGAGCACCGGUUGGGCUUGAACUGCUUCACAUCGGGACCCGUGUCGUGCCGCGUGCGAUUGGAUAGAGGCGGAUACGUCCCCGGAGAAACGAUCGGCAUCUGGGCCUCUGUUCACAAUCAGAGCCGCGUCACCAUCAAACGGACCAAAGCUUCAUUAACAGAGACUAUUCAAUACAUGGCCAAAAAUCGAGUGGUGCAAACGGAAACGCGAGAGCUGGCCUCGCUCAACCGGGGCAAAAUCAAAGCCGGCGAGACGGACGAUUGGAGAAACGAACAGCUCUACGUCCCACCGCUGCCGCCGACCAACCUGAGAGGAUGCCACAUCAUCCGGAUACAGUACGACGUCUUUUUCCAAAUCGAGCCGCACAGCAUGGAGAAACCCAUCAAACUGCAGCUGCCCAUCAUGCUGGCCACGUACCCGCUGCGGGGCGACGACGGCACGUUGAGGAGGAAGCGAGGCGCCCACUACCCAUCCACUCUGCCCAUUUUCCGUCCAUGGCUGGACGAGAAGACGUUUGAUUGACGGCCAUGCACGUGACCGGCGCGAGCCGACCAAACUCUUGUAUCAAAAAAAUGUUGUUCUUUUCCAAACAUUCAAGUGAAAAAGAGCAAACACAAAAAAGCGCAGCAAACGUAAAACGAAAACAAGACAACAAAUCAAGUUGACGGUACCCGGGGAAAAACGGGGGAACCACAAAAUAAAAUUUUAAAAAAUGAAUAAAAAAAAAAAAAAGCAAACAUAAAAUAUGAAUAUUAUAAAUAUAUAUAAGCCGACGAUGUCGUGUAACAGCUGACCUUUUUUUUUUUUUUUUAUCUCGAAUGAGAUUCAAACGAAAUUGCUUCCCAAAAAUAAGAAGACUGGAAAAUGAUUAGGAAAUGAGGAGAAGGCGUGAAGUACGACCGAGCCAAGAAGAAAAACACACAUCCCGUUACGUUUAAUUGUAUAUUCCGCCUACACCGUGUCAUUCAAUAUCCAUUGAGCAGCUUCUUCGUUUCUUUAUUUUUUCUGUCCCUUCUCUUUUUGUUGUUGCUUCCAUUUUUUGCGCUCACUAAAUCUGAUUUUAUUGCUUUCCCCCCCCAAAAAAAAAGAAAACUUUAAAUUAGAAUUGAAAAGAAUAGAAACUUCCUAUUUCUUCUUCUGUCUGUAUUGGCCACAGUUGUGGGCAGCGCAAAUUAUUUUUUAAUUGCAACAGCCAUGAUGAUGCGCUUCAUCGCUAGACAUUUCUUUCCUCUUUUUUUUUUUUGGUGAUCGUUCAUUUUUUGUUUAUUAAUAACACGUGAACUUUCAUUCCCUUCUAUUGUCAGACAGUUUUUUUUUUUUUUUUUUUUUGCGUUUUCGCAUCGUAAUUUUAACUUUAUUGCUUUCAUUCUUCUUUUUUUUUUAUAUUCACAAUUUUUAUUAGUGUGUGCACAAAAGGAACCUCCCCUCGUAUUAUUAUACAUAUUAUGCAACUCUUUUUUUUUUUUUACCUGCCUCAGCUGUUCCCUUUUUUGUAUUUGGUGGUAACACGUCACGUCUUCCUUCCCUGUCUUUGUUUUCGUUUUUUUUUUCUUUGUUUGGCAGGCUCCCGAUGAUUAGACAUCACCCGCGUUUCUUUAUUUUUUUUUUGUUUUCUUUGGUAUGUUAAUCAAAUAUGGAGACGACCUCCGCCUGUGCCUUGCAUUAUAACUUUGAAAAAAAAAAAAAAAAAAAAAGUUCGCUCAUUUGCCCUCCAUCUUUUCACGAGAUUUGUCAAAAAUGUUGGCUACGUUUGGACGCGUGCGCGCGCACAACAUGCUGAAUCAUUCAUGUAUGCAAAUAAGACUUGUGUAACAUUUUUCCUAAUUCGAAAUUUUCUUUUCUAUUUUAUUUCUCUCAACAACCGUGUUUCUCAUCUGCCUGAAGAUUUUCUCUUUUAUCCGCACUUUUCCAAAAUCCCAUUUUUCCAGGUAGAACUCGUUUCUUUUUUUCCCUCACUUUUUCAUUUUUUUUUUUUUUUUAUUAUUUCCCAGUCGAUGUUGCACGUGUGUUAUCAAUAUACAUAAAUACUGAUUCGUCCCCCGAAAAUAAAAGACAAGCAAGUAGACUGGAACAAGCACCGAGUAAAGGAAAGCCAAGUCUGGUAGACCAUUACUAGGACAAUCUCUGCAUUCGAUUUGA